AGUGUGGUUUGUAGCUCCGUAUAUUUAGAAAAUGCGACGGCCUAUUUUGGUAUAUUUUUGACGGUCAGACAGUAUAUGUCGGUAAAACCGCGGUCACACUGCACCUAUUGACGCUAUUUCACCGCCAAAAAUUUGCAAAUGCCUUCAUCCAUUACCGACGACAUUCCAGCUGCCAAGAAAAUGAAAAUCGAGAAGUGUGUGUUGCGUUUCGCCAAAUUGACGGAGCACGCCUUGGAGCCGGUCCGCGGCUCUGCCAAGGCAGCCGGCGUUGAUCUUCGCAGUGCCUACGAUGUGGUGGUCCCGGCCCGCGGCAAGGCGAUUGUCAAAACCGAUCUGCAGGUCCAAGUUCCGGAGGGCUCCUAUGGUCGCGUCGCUCCCCGCUCUGGCCUGGCCGUGAAGAACUUCAUUGAUGUGGGCGCCGGCGUUGUGGACGAAGACUACCGUGGCAAUCUGGGCGUCGUCCUAUUCAACCACUCUGAAACGGACUUCGAGGUGAAGCAUGGAGAUCGCAUAGCUCAGUUCAUUUGCGAGCGCAUCUUCUAUCCAGAACUGGAACUGGUCGACAAGCUGGAUGACACCGAACGCGGCGAGGCCGGUUUCGGCUCGACCGGCGUCAAGGAUUUGCCAGCUGCCAAGAACGGCAACGGAGAGAAGGCACCGCCAGCCGAGCCAGAGGCCACCCCCACCCCCAUUGCCACCUAGAGUCUCACGCGCCAUUGGUGCUGCUGCGGUACAGAACACUUGUAAUUUGUAAGCUAAACCAACACAUUUGUCAUCGGUCCAUUACGUUGACCAUUCAUUCAAUGUCCAUACAUAAGUACUACGUAAAAUGCCAUUAAAUAUUAUGAAAAUAUGUAUAAAACA